GUGACAUAUUGAUGGAUAAUUUACUGUGUACUGGGAGUGAGUCCUCACUGAAGGAGUGCCAAUUCUCUGGCUUGGUAGACAGCCUCUGUACACAUUCUCAGGAUGCAGGAGUCAUCUGCGGAGAAGUGAGAUUGGUAAAUGGAGGCAGCAGUUGUUCUGGAAGGGUGGAGGUUCUUAUAGACAAUCAGUGGGGAACUGUUUGUGGAGACAGCUGGGAUAUGACUGACGCUGAAGUUGUCUGCAGAGAGCUGGGAUGUGGAAGUCCGGUAGAGGUAAAGACAGACGGUUAUUUUGGAAGUGGUAUAGGAAAAAUAUGGAUGGAUGAUGUGAAAUGUACAGGCACUGAGACCUCACUGAAGAACUGCAGAUCAAACGGAUGGGGAGUACACAACUGUGUGCACGCAAAAGAUGCAGGUGUCAUCUGCCGAGAGGUGAAGUUGGUGAAUACGAACAACCCCUGUCAGGGCACAGUGCAGGUGUUUCAUGAUGGCCGCUGGGGAACAGUGUGCCACAACAGCUGGGAUAUCGCAGAUGGUUUAGUCCUCUGUAGAGAGCUGGGCUGUGGUGGAAAUGCAGAGCCCUUGACAAAUGCCCAUUUUGGGGCCGGUGAGGGGCCAAUAUGGAUGGAAUCCCUCAGAUGCAAUGGAGAUGAGUCAAACCUCAGGAACUGCCAAUUUGGUGGGUGGGGAAACCAUCAAUGCAUUCAUGCAUAUGAUGCAGGAAUCAUCUGCAGAGAGAUUAGAAAUGUGCUCAGGAUUAAGGUGAACGCUGACUCCGUCAACCCCAACGAACCUUCACACAUGACAAAACUACUAGACAAAAUUAAGAAAGAGGUCGAAAAGAAUGGAAAUUUCUCAGUCAAGUGGAGAACUCAGCCGAAUGGGCAAGUGUUUCAGGAACAGAAAUUAUUUGAUCCCUGAAAGGAGCCAAAUGACCUUUCAUGACAAGUUCAAGAGAACAGCAGUUCUUGCAGAAUCAUCCAGAUGAUGAAAAAAUUUUAAGUGUUUGUAUACUAAAAAUGUUUAAUACAUUUCACAACAAAAUAAAGCAUGGCAUAAAGAACGUCAUUGUUUAGGUUGCAGCAGAUCAAAGUCAGUGAAGGUUUGUCAUUUUGAAGGCCUUUGUC